AAGAAAAAUUUGAGUUGCACAAGGACCCAGAAGAAUUCAAUCUUAUAUUUAAUCCUGCUUGCAUGUUGCAGUGGUACAGAUAGGAAGCAAGGGUGCCAAGCUUUUGCUGUUCUACGUAGUAAGUUAAUAUAAGCAGAAUUAAAAACUGUAGAAAUGAAGUUUGCUGAAGACAAAUUUGAUAGAGAUAAAACUUUUGUAAAGCUUUCAAAGUCCAUGCUUAUGGUUUCAGUUAAGAGCGUUUAAAGUUCAGCUAGUUCAUGGCCCUGUAAUAAAGCAAUACUGUCUCCUUAUGUUUCACUAAACUGAUGUUGCUAAAGAACAAAUUGUUAAAAUAAGGUUCCAACCAAGAGUCAAUAUUGAACUACCUCUGGCAGAAACCAUUGUCACAGGCUCAGCGCUUGCUAUAGUUCCAGGAGUGAAUGUUGACCUGUAGUAAUUGACAGAUGGAUAUGAUCAUGUCAAGAAAAUGAGCCCAUUUUGAUGUCUAAUUAGAGUUCAAUGAAGGGUUUUUUGAACUUAGGUGCUUCAGUUGUUAAAAACUAACUUCUCUCCAGGAAAAUGAAUGGUGCUGCUAAUUGUUUCUGAAUGUGAAAUUAAACACCUCCAGAUCAAUAUAUAUCAGCUUCUGGAAUAUCCUGUCCAAAUUGUUAAGGCUUGUAUUGACUAUCCAGGUUCUUAGUUGUUCCUCUCUGCAGUAGUGUAUAGAUUUUGCCAGGCUAGAGGGAACGGAGAAGAUGCUAUCAAGAGCAACCUGCUUUGUCUAAUCUUUUAGGAUGUAGAAAACAAGGGAAUACCUAGUGACCUUGAAGGCAAAGUCAAAGUGUAACACAUUAACUUAAUAACAGUGAACUCAAACGGUGUAGCAGUUUGCAUUUUACCCCACCUCCUGGAUCCAAGAAGUAUUAGAAGACUCGCUGCUUUUAUUCCUCAGUCUUUAAGGCUUGACUGAAUCCCUCAAGUCAUUUUGUACCCACGGUUUUUGAUGCUCCCUGUUCUCUGUGCUAGUGGUAUUGGUUGUUUUCAAACAGUCUUUCUGCCGCCUUCCUCCCGCUUUGUUCCCUAAUCACAUGUUCCCCUCUAUUCUCCUGCAAAAUUCCUAGCUCCUGCAAUGUAUCUCUCUGCUUUUCAGAACUUUCACUGCUAAGCCAGCCCUGUCCAAAUCUACUGAGUUUAUCGGGCUCUUGAUCUCAUCUCUGCUGUACCUGUGUUGGUCUCAAAUAGCUGCUGUUUCAUUGAGUACACUUUCAUUUAACCUUUAAGGUUCCUCUGCCAACGUGUUACUGCCACAGGACUCCUUUGGCGUGUGCAGUCUGCUGUUGUGGGAUCCCUCACUUGAUGUUCUGAGCAGAAACAGAAAGCUCAAAUGUUGAGCAGCGCUUCUUAUCAGUGCCAGCAAAACAGCAAGUCUUGUAGAUAUAACUCUUGAAGAAACGAGCUAGUAAGUCUUCAGAAGAUUUGAACCCUUGCAUUUUCAAGAUAGGAGAAAUCUGACAUGAGGAACACUGAGAUGAGGCUUCUCUGUACCUCACUUUUUCUAAUCAUGAUUGGUUGGCUAGCUGAAGGCACCUUGUCAAAGACAGAUGCAAAGAAAGGAGCUUCAAAAAAACUGGAAGAAAAGACACUGCAUUCCGAUAAAAAAGUACAGGACCGGGGGCUGGUAGUUGUUGAUCCAAAGGCAAAGGAUAUUAUACUCGAACACAGAAGUUACUGCUUCAAGAAGAUAAAGGAAAGGCACUUCUCAGGAGACGUUCUGGGUUAUAUUACUCCUUGGAACAGCCAUGGCUAUGACAUUGCUAAAAUAUUUGGAAAUAAAUUUACACUCAUCUCACCAGUCUGGCUACAGGUGAAAAGGAGAGGGAAGGAAAGGUUUCAGUUCACUGGGCUCCAUGAUGCUGACCAAGGCUGGAUGAAAGAUGUCAGAAAAAACUCCAAAAACAUCAAAAUAGUACCUCGAAUUUUGUUUGACGGCUGGACUUACCAAGACUUUGAGAGUGUUUUUGGCAGUGAAGAUGAGAUAGAGGAGCUUUCCAAGAAUAUGGUUCUGCUAGCCAAGAAUGAAAAUUUUGAUGGUUUUGUAGUUGAAGUUUGGAGUCAGCUGGGAAAUCGAAAGCAAAUGGAGCUGAUUCACUUGCUCACUCACCUUUCUGAAGCUCUGCAUGAAGCGCAACUUAAACUCAUCCUGGUCAUCCCUCCUGCAGUUGCAGCAGGGACUAACCAGCCAGGAAUUUUCACAAAGAAAGAAUUUGAUCAGUUGGCGUCAGUGGUAGACAGCUUCAGUCUCAUGACAUAUGACUAUUCAACACCACAACGACCUGGUCCAAAUUCCCCUCUUCCAUGGGUACGAGCCUGUGUUCAGGUACUGGAUCCUGAUUCAAAAUGGAGGAAUAAAAUACUUCUAGGGCUGAAUUUCUAUGGCAUGGAUUAUUCUGCUUUGGGAGCCUCUGGGGAGCCAAUCCUUGGUAGCAGGUACAUUGAAACCUUGAAGGAGCACAAACCAAAAAUUGUCUGGGAUGAGCAAAUUGCUGAACACUACUUUGAAUACAAAAAAAAUAAAGGAGGAAAGCAUGCCAUCUUCUAUCCAACACUGAAGUCCAUCCAAUUGCGUUUAGAGCUUGCAAAAGAGUUGGGCACUGGAAUAUCCAUCUGGGAGCUGGGACAAGGCCUGGAUUAUUUUUAUGACCUGCUUUAAAAUAGGAGACGACCUGGGAAAGACUUUAUUUGCUUCAUUUAGACUCCAUCUUCAAUUAACCUGGGUAUUCUGAAGAGGUGAUUUUUUAAAAUAAUUUUUGUAAUUUAUAUCAUAAGUGUAUUAAACUUCCAUUUUUUUCCCAAUAAAGAA